CGUCCAUCUCGUCAGCCAGCAGCCUCGAAGUUUAACUUUCCAGUUCGCCUGGAACGCGACAGUAGUCUGUGCCACUGCGCGUCGAGAUCGUAGCUCGAACGCAGCUCCGCAGUAUGGACAGGGAAUACGGGUCCUGAGGACAUUCAAUCCGACAUUUUCAGGGAGAACAUCUGGCUUAUUGCUGUGCGCUGGACUUUGUCGCCUCUUUGAAUCUACGGACUGGUAUUUGGAAAAGGACACAUUUUCAGAAAAUACACCUGUUUGUCACAUCGAUCGUCUUAAGCCUGCGUGCCAUUCACUGAGGACUGCUUGUUUACCCAAAGCCAAAAUGGGGAGCCGGGGCCACUACCGGUACCACUGGCAGUCUCACAAUGUCAAGCAGAGCGGCGUGGAUGACAUGGUGCUUCUGUCCAAAAUCAGCGAGGACGCCAUCGUGGAGAACCUCAAGAAGAGAUACAUGGACGACUUCAUAUUUACAUACAUUGGGCCGGUGCUAAUCUCUGUCAACCCGUUCAAGCAGAUGCCCUACUUUGGGGACAAGGAGGUGGAGAUGUACCAGGGGGCAGCGCAGUAUGAGAACCCUCCCCACAUCUACGCUCUGGCGGACAACAUGUACCGCAACAUGAUGAUCGACCGUGAGAACCAGUGUGUCAUUAUCAGUGGGGAGAGUGGAGCUGGGAAGACCGUGGCGGCCAAAUACAUCAUGGGCUACAUCUCCAGGGUGUCGGGCGGAGGCCCCAGGGUCCAGCAUGUCAAAGACAUCAUCCUGCAGUCCAACCCCCUACUGGAAGCUUUCGGGAAUGCCAAGACCAUCAGAAACAACAACUCCAGUCGCUUUGGGAAGUACUUUGAGAUCCAGUUCACAGGAGGGGAACCUGAUGGGGGGAAGAUCUCCAACUUCCUGCUGGAGAAGUCUCGUGUCGUCAGCCGGAACCCUGGAGAGAGAAGCUUCCACAUCUUCUAUCAGCUGAUUGAGGGAGCCGGUGGCGAGCAGAAGAACAGUCUGGGCAUCACCACUCUGGACUACUACACUUACCUCAACCAAUCAGGAUCCUACAAAGUGGACGACAUCAACGACAAGAGUGACUUCCAGGAGACCAUGCAUGCGAUGAAUGUGAUUGGCAUCUCUGCGGAGGAUCGUAACUUUGUGCUGCAGAUUGUGGCUGGAGUUCUUCACUUGGGAAACAUCACUUUCAAAGAGGCAGGGAACUAUGCAGCCGUGGAGACAGAAGAGUUCCUGGCGUUCCCAGCGUUCCUGCUGGGUAUUGACCAGAAGCGUCUGAAGGAGAAGCUGACCAGCAGGAAGAUGGAUGGGAAGUGGGGCGGGAAGUCGGAGUCCAUCGACGUGACGCUGAACGUGGAGCAGGCCUGCUUUACACGCGAUGCCCUGUCCAAAGCCCUGCAUGCACGCAUCUUUGACUACCUGGUGGAGUCCAUCAACAGAGCCAUUGUGAAGGACCAUGAGGAACUCAACAUCGGGGUGCUGGACAUCUACGGCUUUGAGAUCUUCCAGAAAAAUGGAUUUGAGCAGUUUUGCAUCAACUUUGUGAAUGAGAAGCUGCAGCAGAUUUUCAUAGAACUUACUCUCAAGGCUGAACAGGAGGAGUAUGUCCAGGAGGGCAUCAAAUGGACGACCAUUGAGUACUUCAACAACAAGAUCGUGUGUGACCUCAUCGAGAGCAAAGUGAAUCCCCCUGGCAUUAUGAGUAUCCUUGACGACGUGUGUGCUACCAUGCACGCCAAGGGCGAGGGUGCUGACCAGACCCUGCUGCAGAAACUCCGCGUGGGCAUCAACACCCACGAGCACUUCAACAGCUGGAACCAGGGCUUCAUCAUCCACCAUUACGCUGGCAAGGUGUCAUAUGAUGCAGAAGGCUUCUGUGAGCGCAACCGUGACGUCCUGUUCACCGACCUCAUCGAGCUCAUGCAGAGCAGUGAAAUUGGUUUCAUCAGAGCCCUGUUCCCAGAGAACCUCAAUGCAGAGAAGAAGGGAAGGCCAACCACAGCGGGCAGUAAAAUAAAGAGGCAGGCCAAUGACCUGGUGAGCACCCUAAUGAAGUGCACUCCUCACUACAUCAGAUGCAUCAAACCCAACGAGACCAAGAAGCCCAAGGACUGGGAGGAGAGCCGGGUGAAGCACCAGGUGGAGUAUCUGGGGCUGAAGGAGAACAUCAGAGUCAGGCGUGCUGGCUAUGCCUACAGAAGAUUCUUCCGGAAGUUUCUCAACAGAUAUGCCAUCCUCACCAAGGAGACGUGGCCUAGUUGGCGUGGCGACGAGAAGCAGGGUGUUGUGCAUCUCCUACGCUCGGUCAACAUGGAGCAGGACCAGUACCAACUGGGCCGCACUAAGAUCUUCAUCAAGGCCCCAGAAUCGUUGGCCGGGGAGAAGCUCAAGCAGGGCCCUGAGAAGGGUCAGGUGACGGAGGUGCUCAAACGCAAAAUCGAGGUGGACAAGAUCCUAGCCAUGUCUCUGAGUACGAUGCAGGAUGACUUCCUGAUCCUGCACGAGCAGGAGUAUGACAGCCUGCUGGAGUGUGUGUUCAAGACCGAGUUUGUGAGCCUGCUGUCACGACGCUAUGAGGAGAGGAACCAGAAACUGCCUCUCAAGUUCGGCAACACGAUGGAGCUGAAGCUGAAGAAGGAGAGCUGGGGUCCGUGGAGUGCGGGGGGGUCUCGGCAGGUCCAGUUCAUCCAGGGCCAGGGGGAUGUGGCCGUGCUCAAGCCCUCCAACAAGAUGCUGCAGGUCAGCAUCGGACCAGGGCUGCCCAAGAACACGCGUCCGACCAGGAAAGGCAUCACUCAGGGACGCCCCAGCGGUCAGCGUGGUCACCACCACACGCCAACCAGGGUCGCCCCCGGACCUCCCGUUGCCCAUCAGAAUGGCAGUGUGAAGAACAGCACUCACUCAGCCAAUCAGAGGAACUCUCAGCACAGCACCCAGCGGCCGCCCCCUAGCGCCCAGGCGCGGCCAAUCCUGCCCCACAGCGGCGGCGGCGGUGGUCAGAGGGAGCGCGGAAGCAACAAGGCCCAGCCCAACCUGGACUGCCUCAAAGUGCCCGACCAGGGGGCCGCAGGAAGCCGACGGCCAUCCGCCAAUGGAGGAAAUGCACACAGGCAGCCCAGCAACAGACCCCCCCCUGGCGCCGGCCGACCCAAGCCCGCCCCCAAGCCCAAGCCGCAGGUUCCGCAGUGUAAGGCGCUGUAUGCCUACGAUGCCCAGGACACAGACGAGCUCAGCUUCAACGCUGACGACGUCAUCGAUAUCAUCAAGGAAGAUGCAUCUGGUUGGUGGACCGGGAGACUGCGUGGGAAACAGGGCCUGUUUCCCAACAACUACGUCACCAAGAUCUAACACCAACAAAUGAGAAUCCUACCUCCACACGAAGACCUAUCGGAGACCAGCACAUGCUUCCUGACUCCGCCCUUUCCAGAAAGAGGAUGCGCCCACCCAUCAGAGAGACCGAGAGGGAGAGGCAAGGAAAGAGAGAGAAGAAGAGACAGAGCCUGCUCUCUUUUGCUAUAGAGCCAUGCUGGAUGCCUCCUGUUACCAUGGGCAACCCAGAUGAAGUGAUGGGUAAAGACUUCCUGGUUGAGGAGUCGGGGAAGAUUCCUGCAGACUUUUUCUCUCCAGGGUUCAACACGGACCCUGUGAGCACUGAACAAAAACAAACUAUUUAUUGUAUUUAUAGCUUUCUAUAUAUAUAUGCUGUAUAUUGUUUUCACCUGGCAACAAUAUUUAAGGUGAGUUAAUUUUGGACAGGUGAAGUAUUUGGUUAUAGGGUAAGGAGAUGAUUAUGAUAUUGUAUUUCUUAGUCUUUUUUAGGAAAAAAAAAGGUAAUGGAUUGUGGCUUAAUGAAGUCUAGUACUGUCAACAUUUUAAAUGCCCUUUAUGUUGUAUCUGUCUUAUUUGUUUUAGCGGGUUUUUUUAGCUGCUAAAAUGGACUUGAUGUCCAGAAUGUCCCGUAGACCAGACCCUUGUUCAUGCCUGUAAUCACAAAUGAUGAAUUGGAAAAGGCUCCUUCACAUUAAAAUGUGAUAUUAAAUACAUUUCACCAUUUGUCAAAUUAGAGUAUUUGGAAUAUCUUUUUUUUAUAUAUAUAUAUAUAUAUAUAUUAUUUGUUGCCCCUUUUUGCUAGUGAAUAGCAGCCAGAUCACAAAGUUAACACUGGUAGUUUGGGUGCUGCAGCACAUGCAGAAGGCCGAGACCUCGUGUGUCCUCACCAACAAACUCCUGCUGUUCUCGAACGGGACCUUGGUGGUGAAGCACAGACGGCAUCCUUGCUGACCGAAGGGCCUGUUCUGGCCACUGUGCUGAGUGUAGUGUGUGUGGAUGAAAAGCACUUUAUCGGUUUGGAGCCUGGGGGGGGGGGGGGGGGGUGUACUGGCCACUCCUUCCCCAAUUGACCAAGCCCUUAGGCUCUUCCCCAUCUUACCUGUUUGCCAAAGAAGUGCUAUUUACUGAAGGGAACUGACUGCAAGAAAAAAAGACAUCUAUUUUUGUUUACAAUAGAACUACAGUACAGGCAUUGUUUUUACUUCUGUAUCUCUUUGGCAUCUGAGGACUUACUUUUGCUCUGCUCUGAUCGCUGGAAUGAAGGAUUUUUUUGUGUAUUAUUAUCAAGUUGUUUUUCUGCUUUUUCUGGCGUUGUGGACGACUCUCGGGAGGCACAGGGUGUGUGUGGAGUGGUGUUUCGUUUAGAAGGGGUUAAUGUUUAGUUUGUUUCGUUUUUGUUUUGUUUCCUACUGCAGAUGUUUUUCUGCUCAUUCUGACACCUGAGGAUUUCAGAGCUGUUGCAUGUUUUCCUUGUUUCAUUUUUUCCCCAAAUUACACAGUGAAAUAUCCCUGUCUUCAAAUACACAUGCACACACACACACCCACGUGCAAGUGCGCGCGCACACACACACCAACAUUCCUUUGCAGUUUUUAAUGGCCUCCAUAUCAUCUUUGGUUUAACAGCGUGGCCAAAUCUGUUGCAUUGUAUGAUCGUUUCUGCCAGUGUUUUGGCAUGAAGGCAUUUUAGUGCAAUAGCAGGAAAAUAAUGAUUUUACAUUUUUCAUGUUUUUAAAUAAAGCUAAUGCUGUUCAUUUCU